AUGUCACAAGAUAAUAAACAGACAGAGACUAAAACAGCAACAGACACUGAUACUGAUCAACAUCAUCAUCGGCAGACAGACAGUACUGAAACUAAAGUCACUAUUGAUAUGACGACCAGUAAAGAUGAAGAACUGCAGACACGAAUAAACACAGAGAGAGAACCACCAUAUACAAUUCUAACCAAUAGGGAGAAGUAUUUCAUAGCAUUGCUUAUAAGCUGUGCUCUGAUCUUCUCAACAUUAUCUGCAUCAAUCUAUUUCCCAGCAUUACCAAUCUUAGCCGAGUACUUCAAUGUUUCAGAUGGAAUUGUUAAUAUUUCAAUUGUCGCGUAUUUCAUAUUUCAAGGAAUAUCGCCAACAUUAUUAGCGUAUAUAAGUGAUACUUAUGGGAGACGACCCUGUAUAAUUGGUUGUUUACUAUGUUAUUCAGCCGUAUGUAUUGCCAUAUCUCGGAGUAAUGUCUAUUGGCUCUUAGCCUUCUUAAGAUGCUUACAAGCAGCUUCAAUCUCACCAAUUAUUGCUGUUGGAUCCGGGGUGGUGGCGGACCUUACCGUGAAGAGCAAUCGAGGUGGACUCAUCGCCGUUACUCAGGGGGUUAUCCUUGUAGGGCAAGGUUUCGGGGCUUUGAUUGGAUCUGGGCUUGUGGCGAGAUGGGGAUGGAGAGGGAUAUUUAUUGCAUUGGCUAUUGGUGGAUGUUUUAUGAUGCUUUUAGCGUUGAUUUUAUUACCGGAAACUAAUAGAAAGAUUGUCGGGAAUCUUUCAAUCCCACCAAAAUAUAUCUAUAAUCAAUCUCCAGUGAUUCAUUUCCCUUGUUGUAGCAGCAGAUUAACUAAUGAUGUAUCUACAUUAAUGGAAGGAAGACCAUCAAACAUCUUCAGUCCAUAUAAGAUAUUCGUCCAACCGGCUGUUUUCUUUACAUUACUUUCAGGUGGUAUCCAAUUUACCGCUUGGACAUUAUCACUCACAUCCUUAUCCACAUCCUUAGAAUCCAAAUAUGGUUUCAGCGUAAUACAUAUCGGUUUAUGUUACUUAUCCCCUGGGAUUGGUUCAUUAAUAGGUGCAGUGGGGACGGGUGCAUUGCUUGAUUUCAUAUAUAAACGAAAACGAUCCGCUUAUGAUCGAAAAUACGAAGGUGUACCGAAAGAACAAAGACCCGCAUUUGAUAUAUUCGCCACUAGGUUCCAAACUGCCACAUAUACCACCAGUCUAGUAACAGCUUCAUUAGUGGUGUUUGGAUGGUGUAUUCAAGAGAAAACUAAUCUUGCUCCAAUUUUAAUUGCUGCAUUUUUGAUUUCAUUGGGAGGUGUUAGUUUUAUGUCAUGUAUGACGACACUAUUAGUUGAUUUAUUCCCCGAUCAAGGGUCGGCUGCUACUAGUUGUCUUAAUUUGAUGAGAUGUUUAUUGGGUGCUGCAGGUGUGGGUGCAUUACAAGCUAUGGAAGAUGCCAUGGGUGAAGGAGGAACGUACACUUUGAUGGCUGGAUUGGUCAUAGUCACAUUCUUAUUGCUUGGAUAUAUGGCUAGAAGAGCUCAGAAGAAACGAGAAAAAGCACAGGUAGAAGCGCAAGCAAAAGUUGAAACCAAUGCAUGA